AUGUUAUUGCAAGUUCAACAGUUACAUCAGACUAAUAUGGAAUUUGGAAUCAAGAGCGAACCUAUAGACCAUCAGAGAAAUGAUAAUCUGGGGCCUGGGGACCAUGUGGUUGGCGCAGCAAGCAACUCUUUGGGGUCGACCACCACUUCUACGAACUCGGAAAGUGGAACUACAUCGGGGGGGAGUCCCAACGGAGGUGGUAGCGGCAAGAAGAAGAAGAAUAUUCCCGUAGAGUUGACAGCUUUCGGGACCACGCCCUCGGGGAAGCCGAGGUUGUUUGUGUGCCAGGUUUGUACCCGAGCGUUUGCAAGGUUGGAGCACCUUAGACGUCAUGAGCGUUCACACACAAAAGAAAAGCCAUUCUGCUGUGGGGUGUGUCAGCGGAAAUUCUCCAGGAGAGACUUGUUGCUACGCCACGCUCAGAAGUUGCACGCUGGAUGUGCAGACGCUAUAACGAGGCUCCGGAGAAAGUCCAUGAAGCGUAGUGGGUCUCAGUCUCACGAUUUGGACAUGGAUGGCAUGGAUAUGGAUAUGGAAGAUGAUAUGGAUGAAGGCAGAACGCCAGAAGACAUGAAGAGUCCAAAUGGUGGCAGAAGAGCCCCUUCUGGGCCAAUGGACUCGGUUCAAUUCAAUUUGAAUUUGUUCAACCAGAAGAAGUAUCAGCAAGUCGGUGGUGCGCCCCCUUCUACUCCAAAUUCUAAAUCUACCAGAAGUGGAUCAAUCAAGGACGCUACUGCUUCGCUCCAGAGACAAAUGUUCGAUAGAAAGAAAUUGGUCAAAAACCGUGGUGCUUCAUUCUCUGCCCAAUCUGGAGCAAACUAUUCCAUUGGGCUAUCUGAAUUCAAUGAAUUGUACCCAGGUGCUGACAACGUGGAGUUCUCUACGCCUCAGAUGCUUCCUUCCUCAAAUCAUGAUGAGAGUUGGUUGAAUAAUUUGUCGACAAUUCCCGGUAUGACUGGGGAUAGUACCUCAAAUUCUACUCCUAUGCAAGCUAGCAAUUCUAUUCGUAAUGAAAAGCACAAUUCCAUAACGUCUCUUUCAUUGGGCGAUGAAUUACCUCCAAAUGUUUCACACCACGGAUCGUUUUCCGUUCCAAUGUCUGGAAAUCACGAUAGAAGCGACAGUCUCAGCAGUGUUCACUCAUUCCCCACUUUUGAUAUGAUGGGAAUGUAUAUGGGUCCUGACAAACUGUUGCAAAAUAAAAUGCAACAGCAACUCCAGCAGCAACAACAGCAGCCCCUUACACAGUCAGUACAACAAUCUCAACAACAAAAUCCACAGAAUCAAAAUCACGAAGCCCCAAACAGCAAUCCAUUAAGAUCUAAUAUGGGUUCUUUGCUACCAGAACACACAUCUGGUGGCGACUAUGGAUACUCAUUUUAUGAUAUCCCGGAGAGUAUGCUUGGGGCAGCAAAAUUUGAGAACUUCAGGCUUCCAAUGGGAUUGAGCACCAUUAAGCAAGAAGAAGAAGAAGAAUUAUUGGAACAAGGUGGAAACUACAAUCAAAAUACGCAACAACUACUGCAACAAAAUCAAUUUCAAAAUCUUUUUACUGGAUCUCAAGGUCAGCACACGAACGGUAAUACUGGCAACAAUAACACGAACAGUAGGAAAGGGUAUCAUAGUAACCCCAACCUUGAUUUAAACUUUUUGAACGAUAUUGGAGAACUUACACAUGAGUACGACGUCAACUCCAAGUUCAUGCCCAAUGGAUACUCUUUCUACGGUGACAAUACGUCUGUCUCAUCUUCUGGAGUGGAUACUAGCUCACCACAAAAUUCCAGUACACCUCAAGGCGGUCAAUAUUUUGGUAAUGGAGCACCAGAGAAUUGUUUGAGUCAAAAUCAGUUGUUGAAUAUUGAAGGUACUAAGGCUAUGUCUCCACUGUCCCAGCCAAAUCAGAAGAAAAGAACUUCUCAUUUCAAGCCAGGCAAUUACAACAAGAACAAGUUGUUUACGAAUAACAUGAGAUAUAUGAUCAACAAAGCAUUGGGUAAAUAUCCAAUAAGUGGAAUCAUGACGCCUUCUAUUCCAUCAAAUGAGAAGUUGGAGUUCUACUUGAAUAAUUUUGUGAACAUUUUCCUUUCCCACUUUCCUUUCAUACAUUGGCUGAAGUUAAAUGAAUAUGAAGUAAUGAAUAUGACUGCGAAUGAGGAAUUGACAAAUGAAAGUGCCAGGGUAUGUUUGCCAUUGUUGAUAGCGACCAUCGGAGCGUUGUUGACCAACAAUAAAAACGAUAGUGAGCAUUUGUAUGAGGCUUCAAGGCGUACAAUUCAUAUUUAUUUGGAAAGUAGAAAAAAUUCUGUUGAUGAUACGACACCUCAGCAAACUGGCUCACAGCAACAACAAUCUCAUGUCUCCCCAGGACUUUCUGUUGAUGAUUCACUUGCUAACCCAAUUAAUGGACACAAAGGCAGCAAUGGUGCACCAACGAACGACGAUAAAAAGAUCCCUCAAUCAGUGAACCCUCUUUGGCUUAUACAAUCCCUCACACUCUCAGUCAUAUAUGGACUUUUUUCAGAUAACGAAAAUAACGUAUAUAUUGUCAUCAGACAAUUGAACGCAUUGAAUUCUUUAGUUAAGACCAGUGUUAAGAGCAAUAGAACAGUUUUGUUUUCUAUUUACGGUGAAGACUAUGAAAACUAUUUGAAAUGUUCUGGUGAAGCUACUGAUAGUGUUGCUGGAGGGAGUCCAUCAAAAUCACUCUUUUCCUACGACGUACAUGACGAAAUUAAAUUCAAGAACAAUAUCAACAUACAAUCUCAAAAGAGAAUUGUGUUUAUGAUUUAUAGAUUGACCAACUUCCUUCUUAUGAUGUAUAAUGUUCCAUUGACUCUCAGUAUUAAUGAUUUAGGAACCCUUGAUGCUCCAAACAAAUCUGAUGAAUACUUAUGGAAUUUCAAAAGUUUCCAACAUUUCCAAGAAUAUAAGCAACAGAAUAAUUCAAUUUCUAUUGGUGAGUUGUUAGUAGAGUCAUCUAACAAUAAGAUAAUAUUCAGAGAUGCUCUUUUACUGAUAACGAAAAAUUUCAAUACCAACCAACCUGCUCCUCACUUGCCAUUGUUUGAAAAACUUAAGAAUUUAUCACUCUUCGGUUUCAUUUCAAUCAUUCAUGGGAUAUUUGAGAUCAAGCAGUACCAAGAAAUGAGAAAUGUUGACGUUUUUAUACUUCUUGAUAAUUUAACGAAAUUUGUUGGAAAAGAAAAUGGAAGAUACGAAUCUCUUAAUAAAGUUCAAGAAGAUUUUGAAAAAUUGGAUUAUGCCUUAUUGGCCAGUUUCACAAAGGUUUCAUCACUAGUUAACAUCAAGUUAGUAAAGGAACAAAGUUGGUUAAGGAAUUAUGACGAGCUUUCCAAAAAUUUCAAUAACUUGUUGAUGAAUAUGAAUAACAUUAGUGAUUAUGAUUAUUUGAGGAUUGUUGAUAGUUGCAUGACCAUCUUAAAAUUGAUUUUAUUCAAAACAGAAGAUGCUGAAGAAAGCCAGCAAAGUGGUGGUGUGGCUGGAUACAAUAACAACGCUGUACGCUCGAAUAGCUUUCAUAACUUGGUUAAUGAAUCAUUGCUUGGUAUGACGGGUACUGGUGAUGGAUAUGGCAAAGUCCAUUUAAGCAAUACAUCUACAGAAUUCGAAAAGUUGAUGAACUUGAAAGUUUUCUUUGAAUUUGAUAAUCUGAAGGCUUCUAUUCAUUCUCAAAUGCUUUUCCAUAUAUUUACCAUAUUUUCAUUGUUUUCCACCUUCAUGAUUAGGAAGAUGCAUUUUAAGAACAGUGGAAACCAUAUUAUUAAUGAAUUCCAAGGGCAGAUCAAUGAAUAUGAUAAGGAAUUGAAUCAAAGAUUUGACUUUAUAUUAAGAGUCUUGGGCAAGAUUGAAUCAUUCUUGAAAGAUAAAUAUGAAAAUUUAAAACUUGAUAGCGAUUUUGCAAGUUUAUACUUGUACAGUCAGAACGGCGUCUUCACCAACACUAAUUACAGUUUAGAGAAAUCAUUAUACAUUUUAAAGAUUGGUGAGUUGAUAUUGGGAUACAUGUACGACACCAAUAUUAAGGUUUGCAUUUUCCAAAAGCUUAGUGGAAGUUUAUCACAAUUGAGAAAGUUUAUGAUUGAUAAUGAGGCAAGAAUACUUAACUGA